CAGGAAGAUGAACAGAACUGCACUUUAGGCCUUAACUCCUGAUGGGCUGGAUUUUGUCUUGGCAGGAGCUUUGAAGAUCCACGCAGUGAGAGAAGGAGCAGCCAAUGGCUUCAGAAUCCAUGGUCCCUGAGCAGGCAAAGCAACAUCUGAUGAAGGGAAAGCGGCGGCAGCAGCAGCAGCAAGCUAGGGUUUCCAGCAGUGAUGCUGAAGUUGAUGUCUUUGUCUUUGAGGCAAAUGAGGCUUGGAAGGAUUUUCACAGCUCUCUUCUUCACUUCUUUGAAGCUGGAGAGCUCUGCGACGUUACGCUGAAGGUCGGUUCAAAGCUCAUCUCCUGCCACAAACUGGUGCUAGCUUGUGUUAUCCCUUACUUCAGAGCCAUGUUUCUCUCAGAAAUGGCUGAAGCCAAGCAGAAGCUGAUUGAGAUCAGGGACUUCGAUGGCGAUGCAAUAGAAGACCUGGUGAAGUUUGCCUACUCCUCACGGCUCACCCUAACAGUGGACAACGUGCAGCCUCUCCUGUAUGCUGCUUGCAUCCUUCAGGUGGAGCUGGUGGCAAAGGCUUGCUGUGAAUACAUGAAGCUGCACUUCCAUCCCUCCAACUGCCUGGCAGUCAGGGCCUUUGCAGAGAGCCACAACCGCAUUGACCUGAUGGACAUGGCAGAUCAGUUUGCCUGUGAACAUUUCACAGAGGUGAUGGAGUGUGAGGACUUUGUGAGUGUGUCACCACAGCACCUCCACAAACUCCUGUCCUCCAGUGACCUGAACAUUGUAAAUGAAAAGCAGGUUUACAAUGCUGCUAUCAAGUGGCUGCUGGCCAACCCACAGCAUCACGUGACGUGGCUGGACGAAAUACUUGCACAGGUACGGCUGCCUCUCUUGCCCAUUUGUUUCCUUAUGGGUGUUGUGGCAAAGGAAGAGAUUGUCAAGCAGAAUCUAAAAUGUAGGGAUUUGCUGGAUGAAGCAAGGAACUACCACCUCCACCUGAGCAGCAGGGCAGUGCCUGACUUUGAGUACUCCAUUCGCACAACACCAAGGAAGCAGACUGCUGGUGUGCUGUUCUGUGUGGGUGGCAGAGGUGGAUCUGGUGACCCUUUCCGCAGCAUCGAGUGUUACUCCAUCAGUAGGAACAACUGGUUCUUCGGCCCUGAAAUGAACAGCAGGAGGAGGCACGUGGGUGUCAUCUCUGUGGGAGGUAAAGUCUAUGCAGUAGGUGGACACGAUGGAAAUGAACACUUGGGAAGCAUGGAAGUAUUUGAUCCUCUCACAAACAAGUGGAUGAUGAAGGCAUCAAUGAACACAAAGAGGAGAGGAAUCGCUCUGGCCUCCCUUGGUGGCCCCAUCUAUGCCAUAGGAGGUCUGGAUGACAACACCUGCUUCAGUGACGUGGAGAGGUAUGACAUCGAGUCCGACCGCUGGAGCGCCGUCGCCCCCAUGAACACUCCCAGGGGAGGAGUUGGCUCCGUGGCCCUUGUGAACCAUGUUUACGCCGUGGGUGGCAAUGAUGGUGUAGCAUCUCUUUCCAGUGUGGAGAAGUAUGAUCCCCACUUGGACAAGUGGAUAGAGGUGAAGGAGAUGGGUCAGCGAAGAGCUGGCAAUGGGGUCAGCGAGCUCCAUGGCUGCUUGUACGUUGUGGGUGGCUUUGAUGACAACUCCCCACUGAGCUCGGUGGAGAGGUUCGACCCACGCAGCAACAGAUGGGAGUAUGUGGCAGAGCUCACAACACCCAGGGGUGGUGUGGGCAUAGCCACUCUGAUGGGGAAGAUCUUUGCAGUUGGAGGUCAUAAUGGCAACGUGUACCUCAACACAGUGGAAGCUUUUGAUCCCAUAGUGAACAGGUGGGAACUCGUGGGCUCGGUGUCCCACUGCCGGGCAGGGGCAGGGGUGGCCGUGUGCUCCUGUCUCAGCAGCCAGAUCCGGGACGUGGGCCAAGGAUCCAGCAACGUUGUGGACUGCAUGUGA